AUGAGCAUUUCAAAUUGGAUUACAACUGCGUAUUUAAUUACAUCAACAUCUUUUCAACCACUUUAUGGUUCCUUUUCUGAUGCACUUGGUCGAAGGAACUGUCUUUUCUUUGCCAAUGCUGCCUUUACUAUUGGAUGUUUAGCCUGUAGUUUAUCAACGAACAUCUAUACACUUAGUUUGAUGAGGGCUUUAGCAGGUAUAGGUGGCGGCGGCUUGAUCACCCUCUCUACCAUUGUGAAUUCCGAUGUUAUUCCGAGUUCAAAAAGAGGAAUUUUUCAAGCAUUUCAGAAUUUGCUUCUAGGAUUCGGUGCCAUAUGCGGAGCAUCUUUUGGUGGUACCAUCGCUUCGACUAUUGGUUGGAGAUGGUGUUUUCUCAUUCAAGUGCCAAUAUCAAUAAUUAGCUCCGUAUUAAUGAAUUAUUAUGUACCUAACCAGAAGGAAUAUAAUCAUGAAAACUCCAACAUCUUCCGUAAUUCCAAAAGAAUUCUUACAGAUAUAGAUAUUACUGGCUCAAUCCUUAUAAUAACUGGUCUCACAUUGCAGCUCCUUUACCUGAGCUUGGGAUGCUCUGGUUCCAAGCUUUCAUGGACUAGCCCGUCUGUGUUACUGCUAUUGGUUGGCAGUAUAGCCAUUCUUUUACUGUUUAUCUCGCAUGAAAAGAAAACGACCGCUAGAGCGAUCAUUCCUAUGGAGCUAGUGAGCUCCUCAUACAGUUUCGUGGUGCUUUUGAUUAGUAUACUGGUCGGUUUUGCCAGUUAUGCCUAUCUCUUUACUUUACCGUUAUUCUUUCAGAUCGUGCUAGGAGACUCGACUGCCAAAGCUGGACUACGUCUCGCAAUCCCGUCUCUAUUUACCCCAGUUGGCAGCCUUAUAACUGGAUUUUCCAUGAGCAAAUACAAUUGUUUGCGAUCUUUACUCUACGUUGGCGUGUCUCUGAUGUUUCUGGGUAACUUUUUGUUUUUGUUUAUUGAAAAAACAUCACCAAAUUGGUUGAUCAGUUUGUUUUUGAUCCCUGCAAAUUUGGGACAGGGAAUCACCUUUCCCACGACAUUGUUUACUUUUAUAUUUCUGUUCCCUAAGAGCGAUCAAGCUACUGCAACAUCAACUUUAUAUCUGUUCCGAAGCAUUGGAUCCGUUUGGGGUGUUGCAAUUUCUGCUGGUGUUAUCCAACUAUCUUUUGCAAAGUACUUGCGCUCUAAUCUGAAAGAUAUGCUGGAUGAAAACACAAUAGCCAAAUUAAUUACCAAGCUCAACGCCAAUUCUUCAUAUAUUGAAUCUUUACAUGGUGAGGUGAAGAACACGGUAAUAGAGAGCUUCGACGCUGCGACGAAAAGGGCUCACCUAAUGUCUACCCUACUUUCUUUAUUGGCGUUGAUAUUAUGCAUAGUCAAAAACAAUUUGACGAAACCCAAAACAAGAAAAUAA